CACGCGUUCAGCUUCAUCCUCUAUUCCUCUGCAGAACGCGCACCCCAACUUGAGCAACAUCCACGAAAUACAUCUACACUAAUCAUACAGAAUGGCGCCCAUUGACAAAACUUUGAGAAGGCGCGUCUUUGGGGCGCAAUUCAACAAAAUGGACAUUUCGCCCCGCCUCAAACGGACCUAUGCCGAUGCCUUCUUCCAUCUCAACAAGGUCGAGUUUUCGGAAUCGGGAAUUUGUACCAUCAGGACCAAAAUCCGGAAGAUAGACUUCGACCAAGCCUAUUAUUGUGCGCCUUUCAUGCUAUACGAGAUAUCACGAAGGAUGAAAUAUCACUGCAACUUCAUCGUGGUUCUUGAUAGAGGCCAAGCCGACCUUGAGAUCUUCGAAUUCGACGACCGUGGACACAUCAUACUUUACAAGCAGAUAGAAUGCGCGAGGACGUUUGACAAUGACCAAGAUGCCAGGCGCGAACUCUGCAAUAUUGCUCUGCAUUGGCUCCUUCACGAAGGUCCUUUGGAGCGAUCACAAGAUAGAGAUGGCAAGGGUAUACCGCUCGACUACUAUGACACCAUCGAAGAAGAUUCUGGUUCAGAGGAUGAACUCAACUCUACACAGUCACUUGCAGCUGAUUUCUUGGAGGGGAGUGCAGCUGUGGAGGUGGAGACCAUUGGUCCCGCCAAUAUAGUUGAACUCAAGAAAGGGCAGCUUGGUCUUGAAAAGGAUACCGCAAGCAAAUUGAAGAGAGCAGAACGAACAGAAUAUUAUGACACUAUGGAUCUUGAUGAAGAACGAUUCUGCUCAUAG